AUGAACUCAUCACAAAAGUUUGAAGAGGAGUUCUUAAGUUGUGGCAUUUGCUAUGACAUUUUUAAAGAACCAAAAGUUCUUCCAUGCCUGCACACAUUUUGUCUAACCUGUUUAACAUCUUAUAUCUCGACAACCAGAAUCCUCGACAACAGAACUGGAUUUCUUUGUCCAACAUGUAGAGAGCUUAUCCAUCCACCACGACCUUCAGACAGCCAUUGGGCAAAACAAUUUAGAGAUAAUUUCUACGUGAAAAAUCUGAUAGAUGCUAAUUCUAAUCAACAAGUUCCAGGAUCAGUCGCAAACCAGAAGCUAUGUGAGUCUCAUAAUUCUCCUUUACAGCUAUAUUGUGUAGAUUGUGAUAAAAUAGUAUGUGUACAGUGCUCAGUUGUGUCGCAUCGAACAUGUCGUCAAAUCAUACCCGUUGAAGUAAUAGCCACAGAGAAACGAGCAGAACUUAUGACCUACCAGUCAUCACUUCAAAAUCAAAUAUCGAAGAUUGCUGAUAGUUUAACAGAAGCUGAGAGAGAGCAACAAAAUCUUGAGUUUCAAAAGGGUGUAUUGAGUAUAUCGAUAAAAAAGAAGGGAGAGGAAAUGUCUAAACUCGUGGCUCUUGAAACAGCUGCCACACUUUCACGCCUUGACGGAGCAAUUAGUGCUAGUCAAGUUGAACUACAAACCGAUGUCGACCACAAACAGACUCUAAUGACAAAAUUGGGUGAUGUUUCAAAUUCUAUUGUUAAACUUAUAAAUACGCCAGAUUCCUAUAUUUUUGAUAAUUUUGAUUCUGUUCUGAAAGAUCGUGAAACUGUUUUGGAGG